AAUAUUAGUCGAGUCUUCAGUAAUGAUUCAAAUGACAUCCGAAUAAUCGUGAAUUUGGUUUCUGUGAACAGGUGAAAAAACCCGAAAAAUCAUCGAGAUGAAGAUACGCAAGGAAAUUGUGGGAGGAAUGCUCGUUCUCUUGUGCAUUCACGUGGCGGGGGGUGAGACAUUCCUUUCAACAGUGGAAAGCUCCAUCGCAAGUUGGGCUGAACGCAUUUGGAAUGUUAUUACCACCGGUUCCUACCGAGGCCACGCGUUGUGGCGCAAGUGCUCCAAUUACCGGGAUUUUUCCAACGUUUUAUUCGAGAGAAGUUCAAAAGUCCUGUCAGCGCAGGCAAAGUCAAUAACCGCGAUUGAAAGUCAUGCGAAUAAGCGCGUCAAUAAUCCGAGCUUUAAGACGUAUUCUGUCAGCGAGAGGACAGAAGCUUUUCGCAAGGCGAGGGAAGAAGUUGAUAGAGAAUUUGAUCGGUUAGAGUUCGCUAAAAAAUCGAUAGGACUGUUUGAUCCCACACAAAUGUGCGCCUGGGCAGACGCACUCGUCGAAAAUGAGACUAUCACGAAAAUAAUUCAGCAAAUUCAUCAGAGUCUCUCGCCGGGUGGAGGAGGCAAUCCUUUGAUUGAUGAUCUUCUCAGUCAUAUGAAGAAUGCGGCAGGUGAAACAUUAUGUGGUUGGGGGCAUUCAACAUACGACUACCUCCACUCAAUCUACAAUUUAGUCGUAGUAACAGAGAUGAGGGGAUUUAUUCUAGAAGCAUACGCGCAUCAUCUCUUGUAUGAAUACAAUGGCCGAGGGGCUUGCAAAUACUCGAAGCCAAGUUCGGCAAGCCAAGUUCUGAUCUUGCGUGACAGACUUCGAACGCACGUCCGAGACUACAAUGAGGUGUUCAUUGCGCGAAUGGACAGCGCGUCGAAAGAAUUUCGAACUUGUGCUGACGAAUCUUUCGUAAGGGAUGAAACGUACUUCGAGUUGGAGGGUCUAGUGCAAGGUUUCCUGCAGCCUCUAGACACUCCAAGAAACGGACAACCACCAUCUACGGCUUGCAGUAGCUUGAACCAGGGUGGAUCAAGCGAACGGCAUCAGUACUGUUUUUCGCAGCAGAAUCAAUGUCCCCCGAAAAUUGAAAAACCUUGCUUGGGGUACCUUACUGAUUGCAAACCAACGUCGGAAUUCGUGACAGCAUGUAUAGCGGAAAAUGGUCCACGACGGUAUAAAUGGAUUGAGCAGACUGACGCUCUGCAACAAUCAUCCGGCGUUUGUGAAUCUCACAAAUAUCACGUGGAACACCCCUGCUUUUGCAAAUGCGUAGACAAUAGUGUCGACUCCUUCUCAACGCAUCUCAUCAACUUGCAACCGGUCGAGGCCGAUGUAGCGGACAACAUGGUAGUGACUGGCGUCAGAUUUAUAGUGCAAAAUCGAGUGAUGCAGUUUCAAAUUCAGCAAGGAAAAUUCGGAAAGGAUUGGAGAAUUGAAGGAGAACCCGAGUGGAAGCCCAUUGCGGACAUAAGUGAGAAGAUCCGCGCAAACAGAUUGCGGAGAAAAUUACAGGGAGAGUAUCCGGACAUUGAAGAAGGGCGGGAUUACUUCGUUGUCAAUGAGAAAACGACAUUCAAUUUUGAUCAAUUGACCGUUCGCUUCGGUCAUAUUCUCACUGGAGUGAAGUUCGAUAUGGUCUCUGACAAAAAGUCAAUACAAAUUGCUAUAUUGUCAAGACCAUUUAAUGCCACAUCUGGAAAUUUGACUGACGUCAACGGGGCAUUCUAUAUCGAAAAACCCCUUUUCAAAAGGGAGAAGUGGUCCUAUCCGACUGACGUUGACAGGGUAAGAAUUGCACCUGGGCUGGAUGAAGCGGUGACCAUUAAUACGACAAGAAAGGAUGAUUGGGGACAAGCGACAUUACCAUAUUUCGAUGCAAAACCUCUUGUUUCUGAUCCACCUACUGCACUCGGAGGGUUCGGAAUAUUUCAUCAGCAUGAUGGUAACUCCCCCGGUGUCGUCUCACUGAAAUUCAUUUCAAUGGACUAUAGCUACUAUAUGGAGGAGAAUCAGUAUGAAAUACAAAUUAAUGCGAAAAAAUCAGCUGAAGAUAUAUCGAAAAAUAAAAAAGGAGUUUUUAGCGCCAAAAUUUAUCGCUGCGAAAGCGAGUGAGUGCAUCACUCGUGUUUAUAUCAAUUAAAUAUGUUAUAUCAAAUGAAUAUGUAAUAUCAGAUUAAUGUGUAAUGUUUCAAAUAAAUAUGAUGACGUUUAUUGAUGAAUUGAAAAA